GGCAGCUCCAAGUCUGCAGUACCAUUUCUGGCUGUGUGACCUUAGGAAUGUUCCUUAUCAUCUCUGAGCCUCAGGAACCUCCUUCACAGCAUGGGAAUGAUGGGAUUGAAUUCAAUAAGAUGACAUUGGCCAGAAGUUGGUACUGCACUUGACACAUAGUAAGCACUCAAUAAAUGACAGUUCUAGUAUGUUACAUCAUACUUGGCACUAUUAACAUUUGGGGCCAGAUAAGUCUAUGUUAUGCAGUGCUUCCCAGGUGGCACAAUAGUAAAAAUCUGCCUGCCGAUAUAGGAUGAUGCAGGAGAUGCAAGUUGGAUUCCUGGGUCAGGAAGAUCCCCUGAAGAAGGAAAUGGCAACACACCCCUGUAUUCUUGCUGGGAGAUCCCAUGGACAGAGGAGCCUGGCAGACUACAGUCCAUGGUAUCUCAAAGAGCUGGACACUACUGAGUGACUGAGCACUCACACACACAAGUCUAUGUUAUGCAAGGCAAUCCUGUGCACUGUGGGCUGUUUAGUAGCAUCCCUGGCCUCUACCCACUGGAUACUAGUAGCAUGACCCACCCCAAGCUCUGACAGCCAAAAAUGCCUUCAGGCUUCAUCAAAUAUCCCCUAGGGUCAAAAUCACACCAGGCUGAGAACCCAAGCCUGGAGAAGUCCUACUCAGCUUUCCAGGCUCAGCUCAAAUAGCCCUCCUCUGUGAAGGUUUCCCUGACCUACCAAGUAGAAUGGCUUUGUACCCCAGAUUCCGAUACUGGGGUCAGAUCCUGGCAUCAUUGCCGAUAAGCUGUGUGUCCUUGAUCAGAUCACUUCACUUCUCUAAGCCUCCACCUGCUAACAUGAGGAUAAUAUGACCAUCAUGGGAAGGAUGUCGAAAGGGUUAGGGAGGUCGUAUCAAAAGUGCCUGACACUGUGCUUGGCACACAGUUAGCAGUAGCAAUUUUUAAAUAUCUUUAUUUUUUCUGAGUAUAAAAUUAACAUAAUAAACAGAGCUAUAUAGUGUAAAAGUUAAAAUCCCCCCAUAGUCCCACUCCAUGGAAAAAUAGGAUUUUACUUAAAGAUUUGUUUACAGUUCUACAGAAAUUUUGUCAUGUAAACAGUGUGUGUGUGUGUGUGUAUGCCUUCCCUUUUUUUUCACUGCUGAGCACUGGACCACAGCGCAAAGUGGAGGGAAGGAGCCACCAUCUCAGAAGGGUUUGGGGCUUCUCAGUCAGUAUUACUGAGUUCUAGUCCACUGCCCAAGAAUGUGCUAAGCACUUUUCAUGUACUGACUCAUUUAAUUUUUUUUUUCAUCUAAUGUUUUUCAUAACACCCUGUCAAGUGGGUACUGUAAUUUACUCUUUUUACGUAUAAGGAAACAGAGGCUCAGAGGAAUUCAGUGACUUGUUUGGUCACCCAGCUGGUAAACAGCAGGGACAGUAUUUGAAGCCUGGCUGAGUGGACCAUGCAUAGCCUCUGAGCUGCCUCUCAAGGCCGGGUGGCUGUCUCCCCCACACCCUGCCUGUCUUUGUAGUUUAAGUGUACAGGGUCAGGCUGCGGACACCGUCUGCUUGUGCCAGCUGAUGCUCCAAGGGCAGGUGCUGAAUGUCAUCUUCCUCAGGCACAGCAUCCGGCUCUCUGGCCAUCUCAGCUUCCUAACCUCCAGGCAAGGGAUUGGAUGCAGUCCCAGCCACCCCCUCCAGGUCUCAUGUGACCGCUGGAGCCUUUCCCAAGGCCUCCUUCAUGCCAAGGGAGACAACAGUGGAUCAGCCUUGGAUGGGAGCCCUGAGGAGUUGGAGGGAGCUGAAGGAGCAGCUUCAGGCCCUUCAGGACAGUGAGCGGGAGCACACGGAAGCGCUGCAGCUGCUCAAGCGACAGCUGGCAGAGACCAAGUCUUCCACCAAAAGCCUGCGGACCACCAUCGGGGAGGCGUUCGAGCGGCUGCACCGGCUGCUGCGGGAGCGGCAGAAGGCCAUGCUGGAGGAGCUGGAGGCGGACACAGCUCGCACGCUGACCGACAUCGAGCAGAAAGUCCAGCGCUACAGCCAGCAGCUGCGCAAGGUGCAGGAGGGGGCGCAGAUCCUGCAAGAGCGGCUGGCCGAAACCGACCGGCACACCUUCCUGGCCGGCAUGGCCUCGCUGUCCGAACGGCUCAAAGGGAAAAUCCACGAGACCAACCUAACCUAUGAAGAUUUCCCAACCUCCAAGUACACAGGCCCCCUGCAGUACACCAUCUGGAAGUCCCUGUUUCAAGACAUCCACCCAGUGCCAGCCGCCCUGACCCUGGACCCGGGCACCGCCCACCAGCGCCUGAUUCUGUCCGACGACUGCACCAUCGUGGCCUAUGGCAACCUGCACCCACAGCCGCUGCAGGACUCGCCCAAGCGCUUCGACGUGGAGGUGUCGGUGCUGGGUUCGGAGGCCUUCAGUAGCGGCGUCCACUACUGGGAGGUGGUGGUGGCGGAGAAGACCCAGUGGGUGAUCGGGCUGGCGCACGAGGCCGCGAGCCGCAAGGGCAGCAUCCAAAUCCAGCCCAGCCGCGGCUUCUACUGCAUCGUCAUGCACGACGGCAACCAGUACAGCGCCUGCACGGAGCCCUGGACGCGGCUCAACGUCCGCGACAAGCUCGACAAGGUGGGCGUCUUCCUGGACUACGAUCAAGGCCUGCUCAUCUUCUACAACGCCGACGACAUGUCUUGGCUCUACACCUUCCGCGAGAAGUUCCCGGGCAAGCUCUGCUCCUACUUCAGCCCCGGGCAGAGCCACGCUAAUGGCAAGAACGUGCAGCCGUUGCGGAUCAACACCGUCCGCAUCUAGUGCGGUGGAGGGCGACCGUGGGCGUCUGGGCUUGGUCACCAGCAAGAGCCCUGCCCCACAGACGGGAAGCCUGGACUCCAACCCAGGGGGCCACCCCUGAGAUCUCAGGCCUGUUGUUUACCCUUCAGCCUCGUUUCCCCAUCUGUGAAAUGGAGGUUGUGCUCCGUGACUCUGAAAAUCUCUUCCAGCACUGAUGUUCUGUAGCUCUGACCUUGAUGGGGAUGCAGUUGUGGUCCAAGAACCAGACGCAGUUUCUCCUCGUGGCAGCCCCCGCCUAACCCCUCAUCCUCCUCUGGCGGGCAGGGGACUACAUCCCUGUGUCUCCUUCCCGCCCCAGUGCCCUGACCUCAGGAUGUGUCAGAGUGUUGCCAGCAGUUGGCAACUGCAGAGAGAACCCUCUUAUGCUCCCAGGCCUGAGACUUGCCCCUGACCAAGCUAGUGAUGGGCCUUUUUGUCCUUGAUCACAACCCAUGGUGGACACAGGUGGUAGCUAGUCCCAAAGUCGCCUGAGAACCCCCCUCUCCUUCCACCCCUGUACCAAGAGUUUUAUAGUUCCUGAUUUUCCCAUUUAUCUGUGGGUAAAAAUGAUAUUGGGCUUCCCUGGUGGCUCAGUGGUAAAGAAUCCACCUGCAAUGCAGGAGAUGUGGGUUUGAUCCCUGGGUUGGGAAGAUUCCCCUGGAGAAGGAAAUGGCAACCCACUCCAAUAUUCUUGCCUGGAGAAUCCUAUGGACAGAGGAGCCUGGUGGGCUACAGUCGCAAAAGAGUCAGACAUGACUUAGUGACUAAACAACAACAAAAAUGAUGCUGUGGCCUGUGGAAGGCACCCAGUAAUUGAGGCCACAUGUUUCAGCCAGCUAAGCCCACGGGUCUUAAGGCAAGAGAAUGGCAUACCCCAAGGCUCAUGUCGGACAAGCAUCACUGGAUGGUGGAGGUCCCCAGCUGCUCUGAACUAAGGUCCAACCAGGCCUCUUGACCUGGUGAGGGUGUAGCGAGGCUGGGGAGAGCAGUUGUUUAGGCCCUGAGCACUGGGGUGGGCUGUUGGCUAGGCCCCCCCAUCAAUCUUGGCCUCUGUCUCAGUUGGGAUACUAUUGCAGAAAACAUGAGCUGCUUUAGCUUUUUUUAAUUAGACAAAGAUUUAUUACCAGGUCCCUAGUGGCUUUGCAAAAUCACUGCAAGGGCUGGAGGAGCCGACUCUGCUGAAUUUCCAGGAACAGCUCCCAGCCGCCAAAUUCAUCACGUCUGCUGUGACCAGGAACGCUGCUCCCAUCAGCAGGCAGCCACUGCAUCAGAAGCCGCUGGCUGCAGAACUGUGCAAUCUCUGCUACUGUCCAUGCCAGUAAAUGAUGUCCUUGAAGGCUGCCUCUCUCCAGGCAAUUCGGUUUCCAGAUCCAAAUCUCUACAAGGGAUUCUGUUUGGCGAAACAUAAAUCAGAUCCAGAACCUUGGCUGCAAGGGAGUCUGGGAAAUGUACUUUUCUUCUUUCCAGCCUCAUCCAUACAAAAUGGCACAAUACAAGAAAGUGAGAAUGUGUGUUGAACAAGCUCACUUUCAGUUUUUGCUCUUGGAAUCCACCUCUAGGCCUUGGCUUUGAGACAGCAGAGCCUCUAAGUGUCCUGCUCCAAGGCUGUGUCCCUGUCCAGGACAGGCACCCCUAGAGUGAGCCUGCAGAACCAAACUGAAAGCCUCCCACCCUAGGCUUUCCUUUCUAGUUCUGGGGCCUAGAUUCUGAACUUGGGGUCUUUGAUCAUACCCAUCUCGAAGGAGCCAGACUAGCUGAACCUAGGGGGCUCCCACCUCACAACUGCUGCCCAUGGGGUCCUCCCUUGGGCAGGAGGAAUCCUCAGUCUCACCUCACUCAUUCAGCUACCAGAAUCUGGGCCACCCCCAGCAGUAUUUUUACUUUAAAUGUUACCCAUUUUGUGAGUUAUGAUGAAUUUGUAUUAAAUUAAAGUUAC